AUGGCGUCGGGAAAGAAGGGGGGCAACAACAGCAGCCUCGGAAAAGGUUUGAAUGGAAGACGUUCGUCAAAACAUAAAGAGGGGCCAAUAGUGAUGGACACCAAGGCGGUGUUUACUGCCCUGUACAGUGUGUGUGAGGAGAAUGCUACGUUCUUCUCUGAGGGUUCUAAGGGGGCCCAGGGGGGCGCGGCACAGCGGCUGGUGGACACCAUGACCCUGAUCCAGGAGCACGCCCGCAGCCUGGAACCUGUCAUCUCAGGCUUUGCUGCUGUCUACCACCACUUUGACUUUGACCCGCACAUACCAGCCAACGGAUACCGCUCUCUAGUCAAGGUGGUGCGCUGCUGCAUUCUCCACAUCAUCCACAAGGGGCGCUACAUCUCCACCAACCGCCGCAGCAUCUUCUUUCGGACGGCCCACAACGCAGGGGAGAUGGAGGCCUACUGCUCUGCCCUAUGUCAGCUGAGAGCCCUGCUCUACCUGGCCCAGCGACUGCUGCAUGACAACAGCCACGGAAACCUCUUCUUCCACGAGGAGAGCGGCCUCAGCCAGAGCUUUGUCCGGGAGUACUCCUCCAUGCACAAGGGCUGCUUCUACGGACGCUGCCUUGGAUUCCAGUUCACUCCAGCCAUCCGUCCCUGUCUGCAGACCAUAGCCAUCGGCCUAGUGGCCUUUGGAGAGAACUACAGGCGCCACCAGUCAGGCAUUGGUGUAGCAGCCAGCUCCUUCUUUACCUCCGGGAAGUACGCCAUCGACCCGGAGCUAAGGGGGGCGGAGUUUGAACGCAUCACUCAGAACCUGGACGUCCACUUCUGGAAGGCCUUCUGGAACAUCACAGAGACUGAGGUUCUAUCUAGUCUAGCCAGUAUGACGUCCACCCAGGUGAAGGUGAACCGUGCCCUCUCGGUGCCCCCUGUUCCCUUUGACCUCCCGCUGGUGGCCGAUCCGCACCUCACUGUCACCAUAGAGGCCCCGUCGGCCCACACCGGCCCUGGCCCCGUGCAGAUGAGGCUGAUCUCCUACGAGCUGAGGGAGGGACAGGACAGUGAGGCGUUGCUGUCCCUGUCUCGUUCUGAAGGGGGUCCUAUCUCCCUGUCUCUGGGAAUGAAGACCAAGCAGAGCCCCCCUUCUCGCUGGCUCCUGGUUCACUACCACGGAGGAGGCUUUGUGGCCCAGACCUCCAAGUCUCACGAGCCGUACCUGAAGAGCUGGUCUCAGGACCUGGGUGUGCCCAUCCUGUCUGUGGACUACUCUCUGGCCCCUGAAGCCCCCUUCCCCAGGGCCCUGGAGGACUGCUUUUACGCCUACUGCUGGGCCAUCAAGAACCACCACCUGCUGGGUUGGACGGGGGAGAAUGUGUGUCUGGCCGGUGACAGUGCCGGUGGUAACCUGUGUAUUACAACAUCGAUGCGCGCUGCGUCUCAUGGUGUGCGAAUGCCUGAUGGCAUUGUAGCUGCCUACCCUGCCAUCCUCCUCACCGCCUACGCCUCGCCCUCCCGCCUGCUCACCCUCUUCGACCCCCUACUGCCCCUCAGUGUGCUCUCCAGGUGUCUCAGUGCCUACGCAGGUGAGGAGCCCCAGGCAGAGAAGCAGGUGGAGAAGGUGAGCACUCUGAGCAUGGUGAAGAGAGACACGGCCCUGCUGCUCAGAGACUUCAAACAGGGAGCUUCCAACUGGAUCCACUCCCUACUGGACCCCAACAGAGCCGCUGCCACGGCACCAACGGACACGUCUUCGUCAGUGAGGAAGAGUGUGUCUGAGGCAUCCAUCAGCUCGCCCCACUCGGACCCCCCCGAGCCCCCUGAGCAUCCCUCAGACUUCUCCCUGAGGAGAGAGUCUCUGAAGAGCCUGGCAUGCCACGCCAACAAUGCCAUCGCCACCCCCGCUGCUGCCCCCACCACACCUGCCCACAAUGCAAUGGUGUUCCCCGAACCCACACCUGACAACGUGAGCUUCUUCCUCUCCAAAGAGGUGGUGUCCAUGUCGGAUGCUCUGUCUUCUGUAGCCAUAGCGCCCCCUGAGGGGGAGGAGGGCGUGGUGCUGGAGCACCCUCGGGAGUUCCCCCUGGGCUUCGAACCGCUGCGCUCUGAGCGGCUGGCUGAGAUGAAGCUGGCCACCUCGCCUGUCGUCAGGAACCCCUACAUGUCUCCUCUACUGGCCCCCGACAGCAUGCUGAGAGGACUGCCCCCCAUACACCUUGUGGCCUGUGCGUUAGACCCCAUGCUAGAUGACUCUGUGAUGUUUGCCAAGCGCCUGAGGAACGUAGAUCAGCCAGUCACCCUGUGUGUGGUGGACGACCUUCCCCACGGCUUUCUCAGCCUAUCACAGCUCUCCAGGGAGACGAGGGAAGCGGCUAACGUCUGCGUCAACAGAAUCAGGGACGUCUUUGACCAGAAGGACUCGCCCCAGGAGCCGCGCAUGCACCGCAAGCUGGAAAGGACCAAUCGCCGUGCUUCCUCUGUCGCCACGGGUGACCCAGAGAAACUCUUUGCAGCACCCAUUCAGGAGGAGGAGCUGCUGGUUGCCAGGGGAGGGACUCUAGUUCCAGAUGGGGAGGGGCUAGUUGGCGUGGCUGCACAGAACAACAAUGUCGUGGGAUAAAGGCAUAAUCAGGGGUUUGCUGGAUGAAGGGUGCUGUUAGUCAAAGGAUUUAAAAGAGAGGGAGAAAGGGGGGGGGGGAUUUGGGCCAUAUGAAGCCUGGGAGAAGAGAAUAGAGCGAAGGAAAAACAGCAGCAGGAGUAUAUGCAGAAGGAGUUGGUAGCGUGCCCAUUUUUGGAGAGACAGAAUGAAGCACCCAUGGAUAGAGAGAAGGACAGCAAGUACUAAAUGCAACCUCUUCAGCUUUCAAACUCUCAAUUGCUGUUUAGCACCAUGCACAGCGACAUGUUGACCACACACACACACACUAAACCACUUUGCCUUUUGGGCUGCUGCAUUGUGCUCGGUGUAGAACUGUGAGUUUGGAGCCUGGACAUUAUAAAACAGCACAGAGCGUUGUGGUGAAUGGUCGAUCCAUCUCCCAAUAGAAGACUAUUCCAAUCCCUAAUCAGAUAGUGGUAGAUGUGCAAUGAGCUCCUACAUAGUGCCAUCACAACUUAAUGGCCACUUGUCUUUUAGGGAGCCACUCUAAAUCAAGCUUAAUAACUGUAGAACUCUGAGGUCUGUUAAACUAGUUGGUUGUGAAUACUGCCGCUGUUCGGUCACUUACUCUGCUGAUUGGCCCAUCAAUAGGGCGCUGCAGUGCUAAAAACAACAAACUUAGAAACUGGAAGGAUUUCGUAGUACCUUGAAAUUCCACAGAAAUUGUUAUCCAUAAUUGAUCUUAUUAUGCCACUAGUAUUCCUUGUUAUUUGUAUUUAUUGUGUGUAUACUCGUAUUGUAUUUUUUUUUUACCGUGGAUUAUAGUUAUACCUGUUUGUUCAAGGCUUUUAAGAGCAUAUUGUGAGGUGGAUGCUAAGUUAAUUUCCUAGCUUUGUAGUGCCAUAUUCUAUGGCUGCUCAUUCCUAGUUGUUCAAAGUAGCCAAAUGUUAACCUCUAUCACUCUCACUGUAGUGACUAGUGGUCAGUUAGCCGUUACCCACCCAACCAGUCACCUCAUAGUGAGAUGUGGCUGAGGGUUGAUAUUAUGAGGCCUCUAUAUAUACACUGCUCAAAAAAAUAAAGGGAACACUUAAACAACACAAUGUAACUCCAAGUCAAUCACACUUCUGUGAAAUCAAACUGUCCACUUA